CUCUUCCCCAAUCAUCCAGUAUUCCAGGCGUUCUUCCCUCUCCCGCCUUUGCUAUUUUUCUGCUGCUCCUCCACCUCUUCUGUUAUGUUCUAUGCAAUGUUUAACAUGGACACUUUGGCUUAGAUGUUUAAUUAGUACAUGCACAUGCUUUGUGUAGGAUGUCUUUAUCUGAGCCUCAAGUUGAUGCAACCACUGAGCCUGAGAGUCAAUUAAAGAGGAAAUCAAGUGAUAUAGGAUGGGAAUGGGGGCGAUUAGUUGAUCCAAAUGAUAAGAACCGAGUGAAGUGUCUGCUUUGUGGCCAUGAGAGCACAGGAGGAAUACACAGGUUCAAACAGCAUCUUGGUCAUGUUGGUAGUGCUGUUGCAAAGUGCAAGAAAGUGAGUGAUGAUGUUAAGGCCAAGUGCAAGAAAGAUUUGGAAUCAGCAAUUCAAAAAAAAAAAAGAGAAGCUGCAACAUGAUAGAGAUGUUAGAGACAAUGUGCAAUUGAUUGAUGAUGAACCCACAUAUGUGCAGUCUCUUGUUGGGAGCUCAGACUCAGUAAGCAAACUUGGCCCCAUGGACAGUUUUGCUCGUCGCAUUGAUCCUAAAGCAAAUCAAGCUGAAGCCAAGAGGCAACAAAACAUUAAUGAGCCUCUUUGGAAAGAGAGAACACACCAGGUGCAGCAAUAUGUUGCUAGAUGGGUGUACACACAUGGUAUUCCAUUCCAUGCUUGUGACAAUGAUGAGUUCAAGGAAAUGGUUGAGGCUAUUGGUCGAUUUGGCCCUGGUUUUCAGCCACCAUCUCAACAUCAUUAUAGAGAGAAGCUGCUAGAAGAGGAGCAUGCUAGAACUAAAAGCUUGCUGCAAGACCGUGAAGACGAGAAGAACAAGUAUGGCUGCUCUGUUAUGACCGAUGCUUGGACAGAUAUGAAGAGGAGAAGCAUCAUGAACAUUUGUACACAUACCACUGCAGGGACAAGUUUUAUCAAGUCAAAGGAGAUGUCAAAUGUGUCACACACAAGUGAGGUCAUAUUUGAGUUGGUGGAUAAAGCAAUUCAGGAUUUAGGACCGGACUCAGUAGUGCAAGUUGUCACGGACAAUGCUUCUAACAAUAUGGGAGCUAAGGCAUUGUUGCAUGACAAGAGGCCUAAUAUUUUUUGGAGUUCUUGUGCAACUCACACAAUAAAUUUAAUGCUACAAGGCAUUGGCAACCUUCCAAGAUUCAAGAAGAGAAUUGACCAAGCUAAAUCAUUCACCAUCUUUGUCUAUGGUCACCACCGCACCUUGGCAUGUAUGAGAUCAUUCACAUUGAAGAGAGAUAUUAUAAGACCUGGGGUAACAAGAUUUGCUACAGCCUACCUUACUUUGCAAAGCAUGAUGGAGAAGAAAGAUGACCUUAGAAAGAUGGUUGUCGAUUCAAAGUGGUAUGACUUACCCGAUGUGAAGUCUAAGAAGGGAAAGGAGGCAACAGCAAUGGUGUUAAGCAUACCAUUUUGGAAAGGUGUGUCACUUUGCUUGAAGGUAUUUGAGCCUCUUGUCAAACUUCUUCGUUUGGUAGAUGGGGAUGUGAAGCCAUCUAUGGGUUUCCUCUAUGGAGAACUAAUCAAUGCAAAGAAGGCCAUUAAGGAAGCAUUUGGAAAUGUUGAGAUAAAAUACAAAGAAGUUAUGUCCAUUGUUGAGAAAAAAAUGAAAAACAGGCUUGAUUCCCCACUGCAUGUGGCUGCAUAUAUGCUGAAUCCAUACUAUAGUUACACCAACAGCAGCAUCUUCUGUGAUUCAACCAUUAUGGAAAAAUUCAUGCUAUGUGUUGAGACAUUUUAUCAUGGUGAGGACGAGAAAGCAUAUAGAGCUGUCAAUGAUGACUUGGAUAGGUUUCAAACAAAACAAGGAUCUUUCUCAAAAAAUAUGGCAAGGAGCUGCCAACGCUUUGAUUUCAAUCCAGCAUCUUGGUGGAGGCUCUAUGGGGGUGGAGCACCUGAUUUGCAAGCAAUUGCCAUUAGGAUCCUUUCAUUAACCACUAGCUCAUCCGGUUGUGAAAGAACUUGGAGCGUUUUUGAACAGACUCAUACUAAGAGAAGGAACAGAUUAACAACAGAACGCCUCAACAAUCUUGUCUUCAUCCAAUUCAACAAUAGAAUGUUGUCCAAGAAAGAGAGAAUUUCCCGAAACAAGAACUAUGAGGUGCUCUUGAGUUCUGAUUGUUCAGAAGCUCAAGGAUUUUUCUUUGAGGGAGGUGAUGAACAAGCAUUAGUUCAAAUCAGGGAUGAGGAUGAGGGAGAAAUGCAAGGGACAGGUAUACCAUGGUCUGUCCUAGGAGAUGCAAUGGGAGUAGAGGAUGAGCUUCAACCUCGCAGGAGCGCAAGAGUGGCUAGAGAGGUGGACGAAGAAGAUUGGGAAUCUGAAAAAGAAGAUGAAGACAAUGUGCUUGAGGAUAUUGAUUAUGAAGAGGACAACUGUGAGAUUUCAAACACCAGUGACUAUGUCCAUGUGGAGUAAUGGUGAAUUGCAGGACUGCAGUUGACCUGCUGUUAUGUUUAUCAGUUUAUUUGAAGUUUGAACUAAUCUAAGUUUGUAAUAUUUAUAUUGCUCCACUGCGCUACUAGUGUGUUGUGUGUCAUGAACUAGUCUAUUAUCUAUUUGAAUUAGUUUAAGUCUGCUAUGAGCUGUUAAUGUUUAUUUGUGAAUUGUGAUUAUGAGAUCUUUCUUAUAUUUGUGUUGCUGUUGUUUGGUGAAAGGCUGAAGGAAAGAAGAUGAGAAGAAGAUAAGUUUCUUUUCUUUUAGUCUUCUUGUUGAUUUGUUCAUCUCUUUUACAGUUUAAUCUAUUGUUUGUUGAUUUGUGAUGCUGCUGCUGUUUGGUGAAGGGCUGAAGGUAAGAAGCUGGGAACGUGCAGAAAGGCUGCAAAAACAUGUCUAUUAAUCCAGGUAAGUACCCAUAAUUUCUAGGUAAAACUGUUUUUCUGUGCAAAUAUAUAUUAUAUUGUAAUAUUCCUACAAACGCUUAAGCACGAUUAAUCUAUGCUUAAGCUUUAUAGGCGCUAAGCAGUGGCCUAACGCCCGCCUAACGCCUAGCGCUUAAUAUAACCUUGGUUUGGUUCAGCCGUAAACUAUAAAAAAAAGUUGUUGUGAGUUAUUUGUUGUGAAAAAAUUGUUGAGUUAUCUGCUGUAAAAAGGUUGAAAGUCGUUUGGUUCAAACUGUUGUGAGUUGUCAACUGUGACGAAACUAUAUAUUGUUUAUAUGCACUUUGUUCAACUAUCUCCUAAUCAAUGUACCAAAUUUAAAAAACCGAUUUCACAUUUGUAUUCUUGAUAUUUUUAACAAAUAAAACUAGACGCCACUUGCUAUUUAUUUUUUAUUGAAAUGUAUGAUUAUUUCAUUUAUUCUAAGACUUAAUUAUUUUUAAUCAAAUUUUAUUUUCUAUUUUUCGUAUCUCUUCAUUAAUAUAUUGAAUUAAUAAAUCAAUUUUACCAAUCUAAUUUUAAUAUUUUUUAUUAAAAAUAUUUGGGCAAUUGUGAUUUUACCCCUCAUUUUUUAUUUUACCCCUCUGUUUUGAAAACGAAACCAUUGUUUGCCCCUCCCCCUUAACGUCGUUAGUGAAAAUUAGAAUUAGUGAUUAAAAAAUAAAAAAUAAACGAGUAAAAUCAUAAUUGCAAGGUGAGAGAAGGGUAU